AUGAAGUCAACGCUUUCCAAGAGCGUGCUCUUUUUCCUCUACGGUCUCGCCGUGGCAGCACCUUCCAACUCUGGCCCAGCCAAGAGGCAAGACCAGCAGCAGCCAUCGGACCCCAACCCGUCCGACCAGGGUCCCAAGUCGUGCAACACGCCUGACAACAGACAAUGCUGGGUCGACGGAUUCGACAUCAAGACGGCCUACGAGGAAAAUAUCCCGGAAACCGGUGUGACCAGAGAGUAUGACCUGGUGCUUACUGAGCACACGACAUUCAAGGCUGGAGAUGGCAUGGAUAAGAACAGCGCCAUGCUGAUCAAUGGCGGCUUCCCGGGCCCGAAUAUCAAGGCAAACUGGGGCGACAAGAUCAAAGUCAGAGUCGUGAACAAUCUCAGAACAAAUGGCACGUCGAUUCACUGGCACGGCGUGAGGAUGCUGAACAACAACAUCAAUGACGGUGUCAACGGCAUCACAGAGUGCCCCAUCCCGCCGGGCUCAAGCAAGACGUACGAGUGGCGUGCUGAGCAAUACGGCUCGUCAUGGUACCACUCUCACUUCUCGGACCAGUACGCCAACGGUAUUGCCGGCACCAUCCAGAUCGAUGGCCCGACAUCCAAGAACUACGACGAGGACCUAGGCGUCUUUUCCCUCUCUGACUGGUACUACAAGUCGGCCGAUGAGAUCCGCUCGACCUUCACGGCCCCGGCCGCCGUCCCGGCCAGCGACAACAUCCUCUUCAACGGCACCAACGUCAACAAGAACGGGGGCGGGACGCACUCGCGCGUGACUCUCAAGAAGGGCAAGGUGCACAAGAUCCGGCUCAUCAACAUGUCGGUCGACAACACCUUCUCCGUCUCGCUCGUUAACCACAAGAUGACGGUGACGGGCACUGAUUUCGUGCCCGUCAAGCCGUUCGAGACCGACUCGCUGUAUCUCUCGGUCGGCCAACGCUACGACGUGCUCAUCGACGCCAACCAGGACGCCGGCAAGGCAUACUGGUUCAACGUCUCGUUCCCCUCGAACCGUCUCUGCGGCACCUCGAACAUGAACAAGCCGGCCGCCAUCUUCCAGUACGAGGGGUCGUCGGCCAGCCUCGUUCCCAAGGAGGCCGGCAGUGCCGUCACGGACGCGCAGUGCCAGGACAAGACGGACUACGAGCCCAUCUUCAGCGUCGACGUCGACUCGACGGCGUUUUCGAAGACGCAGGACAACUCGCUCGACGUGACGGUCGACACGAGCCGGACGGCAAACCAGCAGCGCGUUUACUGGAAGGUCAACGGCCAGGACAUGGACAUCGACUGGGACGAGCCAACGCUGUCCUACCUGGCCAAGAACAGCACCGACUACCCGAACCAGUACAACGUCUUUGAGGUGCCCAACAACAACGAUUGGGCAUUCUGGGUCGUCGAGAAUCUCUUCCCUGCUCCCCAUCCCAUGCAUCUCCACGGCCACGACUUUUACGUCCUCGGCCACUCGGAGCCCGCCUCCAGCGGACGCGGCGACGGCGUCCGCUUCAACCCGCAGACCGACACCACCAAGCUCAACUUCAAGAACCCGACGAGGCGCGAUGUCACGACGCUGCCGGGGCGCGGCUGGCUCGUCGUCGCCUUCAAGACGGACAACCCGGGCGCCUGGCUCUUCCACUGCCACAUCGCGUGGCAUCUCAGCCAGGGCCUCAGCGUCCAGUUCCUCGAGCGCGCCAAGGACAUCCCCAACACGGUCAAGAUCCAGGACAUUGACGACAUGUGCCAGCAGUGGGACUCGUACUCCAAGAAGGCCCCCUUCAAGCAGACCGACUCCGGUCUUUAA